CUCAUAUUAUGGAGGAAGAAACACUGACACCUGAAUAUCUGAAAACAAAAAAUCAGCUGGAGUUCUGUUGCCACAUGCUCCGAGGAACUGUUGACCCCAAAGAUCCCCCUGUAUAUGAAUAUGUCAAGUUCAUUGGAAAGUUCAAGUCCCUUAAUAAUGUGCCUAAUGGUACCCGAAAUGGUUUUGAAGGAGUGAUCCAGCGAUCGCUUCACUCAGUGUGUCUCAUUGCAACUGUGAGGCUAGCCAAACCACAGUUUAUCAAGGAGAUGUGCACUGUCGAAGAGCCAAAUGAGGAAUUCACCUCCAGGCAUAGUUUAGAGUGGAAGUUUCUCUUUUUGGAUCACAGAGCUCCACCCAUCAUAGGUUACCUCCCAUUUGAGGUCCUAGGUACAUCGGGUUAUGACUAUUACCAUGUGGAUGACCUGGAAACACUGGCCAAAUGCCACGAACAUUUGAUGCAGUAUGGCAAAGGAAAGUCCUGCUACUACAGAUUCCUCACCAAAGGGCAGCAGUGGAUUUGGCUUCAGACCCACUACUACAUCACCUACCACCAGUGGAACUCCAGACCAGAGUUUAUUGUCUGCACACACACUGUUGUAAGUUAUGCUGAAGUAAGAGCAGAACAACGCAGAGAGCUUGGAAUUGAGGAAUCACAACCUGAGGUCUCAGCAGACAAGCAGUCCCAGGAUUCAGGCUCUGAGUCCCAGCUCAACACUACCAGCCUGAAGGAGGCUUUAGAGCGCUUCGACCACAGCCGGACACCCUCGGCCUCAUCGCGCAGCUCACGCAAAUCCUCACACACUGCUGGGUCUGACCCAGCCUCAUCACAGAUGAAGGUUCAGGGAGACAGGAAUGCGCCAGGUCGCCAGUCUGUCUCUGCUGUGGAGGUGACAUCACAACGAAGAUCAUCUAUUAGCAGUCAGUCGAUGAGCUCCCAAAAUACAGGACAGAACGUGGCUCCAGCCUUGGUUUCCCAGCAACAGCAGCCUCAACAGCAACAAGUUCAGACCAGCAGCCAAUCAAUGGUACAGUUCUCCACCCAGCUAGAAGCCAUGCAGCACCUGAAAGAGCAGCUGGAGCAGAGGACCAAGAUGAUUGAGGCCAACAUCCAGCGGCAACAGGAUGAGCUACGGCAGAUCCAGGAGGAGCUGCAGAGGGUGCAGGGACAGAACCUGCAGAUGACCCAGGGGAAUGCUGUGCAGCAGGGGGGAACGCUCAGCAUGCAGGGCCAGGUGGUCCUUGCAGGGACUCUACAGAACAGCACGCCGCAACAACACACUGUCCAGGCCCAAUCCCAGCAACAAACACUCCUACAGGAGCAGAGCGCAGCACUCUCACGGUCUCAGCGGCUGUCUGUCACUCUGCAGCCUCAACAAAAUCCACUGCCUGCAUCUCUCUACAACACAAUGAUGAUCCCUCAGCAAAGCCCUGCUAACAUGGUCCAGAUUGCCAGUAGCCUGACUCAGAAUGCUGGACCCAAUACUCCUGCUGUAGCUACAUUUGCACAGGACCGCACAGCUCAGAUUAGAUUUCCUGCCAGCCCUCAGCUGCUCACCAAGUUAGUGACAGGACAGAUGGCAUGUGGGGCAGUCAUGGUCCCCACAACCAUGUUUAUGGGCCAAGUGGUGACGGCCUUCGCUCCUCAGCAGGGCCAGACCCAGACCUUUAGCAUUUCCCAGCAACCCUCGCUGCAGCAGCAGCAACAACAGCAGCAACAACAGCAGCCAGAACAGCAGGUACAGCUGCAGUCACAGGUCACAGCCAUGCAGCCGGGGCAGGCUCCACUGGCCCAGCAGCACACACAGUUCCUACAGGCUCCUCGGCUUCUUCACGGAAACCAAUCCACCCAGUUGAUCCUGCAGGCAGCGUUCCCUUUGCAGCAGCAGCAGGGUACGUUCAGUGCCACAACCCAACAGCAGCAGCAACAGUUACAACAGCACCAUCAACAACAGCAGAAACAGCAACUUCAACAGCAACAGGCCCCUCACAGAGCAGAUAGCUUGUCUGACCGUUCUGCUACGCAGCCACAGUAGCUGGCUAGAGCCAAUCAGAAGUGGACUGAGCCAAACCCAGGCAUGGGUGUCUUUGUAACAGGAGUCUAAAGAAGAGUUCUGCUCAAAGUGCAGCACUGAGAUGGUGCCUCAGAUGCUGAGAAGUGAUUGGAUGGGUAGGAUAUGGCUUCCCUCCCUUCACAAGGAUCUUUUGCUGUUUGCACAAAGUGCCGCAGAGAUCCCAGCACUGGGCUGGUUGUGGCUCUGUCAGUUGGCUUUUGACCUGGGUCAAAGCCUUUUCUUCAACAAAACAGGGAGCCACAGUUCCUGGUAUGCCUCCCCCCUGCCCUGUUCCUCUCCUUGUGUGUUUAGUGUGUGUGCAUGUGGGCUAUAGUCACCCACACGGGAUUAUUUUAUGCAGAGUUAAUGCAGUGGAGCUUCUAUCGGAGCUUCACAGAUGUCCUGCAGCAGCCAGAGCCGUGUUUGUUUUGGAUGUUUUCCCCUAUUCUUGUUUUUCAUGUAAAAAUAAUUAUGGGUCAGAAAAUAUUUUUAAGAAUGUGGUGUAGAUUGAAUCUCUACUGUACAGAAUGUGUAAUAUAUAUGUAAAUAUAUCGAAAAAGAAAGAA